CUCCGCAUUUUUCACACUAUUAUCAUGCAACCCUUUGAAGCCUUUAGGAAAUGGAGGGGACAACGAGAACCGGAAACUACCAUAGCCAAUUAUCCUCCAUACCAGCAUUUGGAACAACAUUUUAGCGCUGCAGAAGUCGUCAAAGAUAUCAUUCUGGGCCUAUCUGAUGGCUUAACGGUACCUUUCGCACUUGCUGCCGGUCUCAGUUCCCUUGGCAACUCAAAGUUGGUUAUCUAUGGUGGAGUAGCUGAAUUGGUGUCAGGAAGUAUAUCCAUGGGACUUGGUGGAUACCUCGCUGCUCGUUCAGAACUAGACCACUAUGAAACAGAAAGAUUGCGAGAGAUGAAGGAGGUGGAAGAAGUUCCGGAGGAUGAAGAGCAAGAGAUUUUAGACAUCAUGGCACCAUACGGGCUAGAUCGUGACACAGUACAACCUAUCAUCGCGAAGCUUCGUGCAAAUCCAGACAAGUUCGUCGACUUUAUGAUGCGGUUCGAGUUGAACCUGGAGGCACCCGACCCAAAUCGCAGCUUGAUAUCUGGGCUCACCAUUGGUGGAUCAUAUUUAUUAGGCGGCUUAAUCCCUUUGAUCCCUUACUUCUUUCUUCAAAAUGCAUUCGAAGCUCUUUACAUCUCCAUCGGUGUUACGCUGACUACACUGAUGAUAUUUGGCUACAUCAAAAGCCUUCUUGUCAGUCCAAAAUCAGCAUUCAAAGGAGCUUUGCAAACCCUAGUCAUAGGAGCCGUUGCAGCCGGUGCAAGCUUUGGAAUUGUAAAGGCUAUCCCGGAAGGCACCGCAUAACAUGUUAAUCUAUUCGUAAUUGUAGCACCAUUAAUCUUUCAACUUGUAGUCGCUGCUCGCUGUACUGUACUUCAUUUUGACUGUAUAAUAACAACAAAUAACAAUUUGCAGCCCACGGAGUAUUGAAAUUUAUGGUGUUGAAAUGGUAUGCCUUGUUUGCUUCAUUUUUUCUCGAGUCUAUUAUGGCCCUCAAUCAUCU